CAGCCACUCACAUUCAUCUCCAAGGCUUUAGCUCUCCUUGCCCACCUCUGCGCCUAAUUUUUGGCUCAUAAAACCAGGAUAAUCUGGUGAAGGAGGGAGAGGAAACCUUGGAACCCAUACCCUAAACAUCAUAUUUCUCUCUAUUUCUUCUAAAUUUAAAGAUGGUAUCAGAACACACUUUAGCUUUUGCAGUCGGAAUUCUAGGCAACUGCAUUUCCUUCAUGGUCUUCUUGGCCCCAGUGCCAACAUUUUAUCGAGUAUAUAAAAAUAAAAAUACGGAAGGAUUUCAUUCAGUGCCGUACGUAAUAGCGCUCUUCAGCAGCAUGUUAUGGAUUUACUAUGCUCUGGUGAAGACAAAUUCCGUCCUCCUAAUCACCAUUAACUCAUUUGGUUUGCUAAUCGAAACCAUAUACAUAUCUAUCUAUCUUGCAUAUGCCCCCAUGGAAGCUAAGAAAUUCACUGCUCGGAUACUUGUGCUUCUCAACUUUACUACAUUCGGGAUGAUUCUAGUUUUUACUCUCCUCUUCUUUCAUGGCCAUAAGCGUCUGAUUGUUCUUGGCUUCAUAUGUGAUAUCUUCUCUGUCAGUGUCUUUGUUGCUCCACUAAGCAUUAUGAGGCUGGUCAUCCGCACGAAAAGUGUGGAGUACAUGCCUUUCAACUUGUCCUUUUUCUUAACCAUCAGCGCUGCGGUUUGGUUGGGCUAUGGUGCACUGACGAAGGAUAAAUAUGUAGCGUUGCCAAACAUUCUUGGACUAUUGUUCGGUAUAGUACAGAUGGUGCUCUACUGCAUCUACAAAGAUGCCAAACCCAACCUUGUUGAUCCGACGAAGAAGGGGAUGGCUGUGCCUGAAAUAGCGCUUGAAGUCUCUGAUGACGCCUCGGGCGGCAAUUGUGGCAAGAAAGAUGAAGAGAAUUGUUAGAGUCGCUACUAAAAGAAAAAUUUCAGCAGCGUGUAUUUGAAAACAUUUUUAAGAAACACUGCUAAAAGUCUUUGUAGCCCUACCAAUUGCAGCAAUUUAAAAUCCGUCGCAAUGAAAAGAACAAUGAUUUUUACCAGUGUAAUUGA